AUGGCAUGCGCACGUGAAGAAUCUUCUGAAUCUUCGUUGGAGUUCGACCUGUGUUCUGAUGACUGUGAUGAUUCUGACAACUCUUUUGAUGAUAAUGAGCCAUCAAAAGUCUAUGAAGCUGCUAAAUCUGGAGAUGCUGCGUUACUUAAUGAACUUCUUCAAGAUAUGGAUGAUAGUGAAAGAGAGCAUACAUUCGAAGCCACGUUUGUGGAGUUAAUAGAGGGACAACUGACACCACUUCUUGCUGCAUCAAUGGAAGGGAAGACAGAUUGUGUAAAAGUACUUCUAAGGUACAAGGCAGAUGUCGACGGACGUGGACGUGUGCUCCGAUAUGGGCAUGAUGGUGGUAGGUAUCGUUUGUGUACACCGUUGUUUGUUGCUUCGGGUAAUGGACAUGUGGAUGUUUUGAAUUGCCUGAUUGAAAAUGGAGCUGAUGUUAAUGCAGUUACCCCAGAUGAGGGCUGUAUCCCACUAAUGGAUGCAAGCUUCAAUGGAAGAAUUGAUGCCAUAGAGUUCCUUGUUAAACAUGGGGCUAACUUAGAUCAUCAAGACAAAUAUGGUAAUACUGCUCUGCAUUAUGCUGUCCAUGAUCCCAUUCCAGACAAGCAAGUUGAAGUCUUUCAAACACUUCUGAGUCUUGGAGCUUCUCAAUUGUACAAUAAGCAACGCUUAACUCCACUUCUGUUUGCCUGUAAUAAAGGCAUGAUUUCAUUGGUGGAGAAAUUGCUUUUGGAGGUAGAUUACACAGAUGAGCAAAGAAUCGAUGCACUUGAGCUUCUUGGUGCCUCACUUGCUACCACAAAUUUGCAUUCUAAGCGAUAUAGGAGAGGGUUUGACUACAUUGAGGAAGGAAUGGGAGAAAGGUUUGAAGAUCCCUCACACCCAGUGUUGAAACAACCAGGACAACCAAUUGAAGCUUACCAGAAUAGAAGGGAGAGUCAAAAUCUUGAAGAACUUGCCCAGAUAGAAAAUAACAGACGUACCAUUCUUAUGGAGGGGCUUGUCAUUAGAGAGAGGAUUUUAGGAACUGAUAACAUGGAACUUAUUGAACCUAUUCGUGAAGUUGCUGAGUAUUUUUUUGACCGGUAUCGAAACUUAAAUGUGUCAAUUGGUUUGCACAGACAUGCAAUGAAGAUAGCUCGACUUUGCCAUCAAUCAGCCUUCUCUGAUUUAUGUUCACUGAUUGCUAUUUUAAGCCAAAAAUUUGGGAGCAACGUUCAUCCAAGGGAAGAAGAAUUACUUGAAUUGCUGGAGCAAACAGUACUUGAAUAUGAGUAUGAGAAAAAGUUGAAGAAUGAACUUCAAGAAAGAUCAGAGAAAAUCUCUCCUAACAGCACAAUGUUCAGAGAAUUGCUCUAUUCAUCUGCCAGGCUUGUUCAAGUCAUUGCUAAAUGUGAAGAAGUCAGAACCUCAAGUGUAUUAUCAUUGCUGAAAAAACUUCUCAACCUCAAUCCUCAAGAUGAUCUUGGGAAUACAUUGUUACACAAGGUGGUGAUAAAGCGCAGCAAGAAAGAUACUUUCCCAUGCCCUGUUACCACAAAACUUCUUUUGGACAAAGGUGUCAGUGUAAAUGCCACCAACUACAUGGGGAAUACACCACUUCACAAAGCCGUAACUGGAAAGCUUGGCAAUGACAAGAUCCACCUUGUGACAAGCGUAUUGAAAAUUUUGCUUGAGAGGGGUGCUCAUCAAGAUUUUGUCAAUCAUAAUGGCCAAACUGCCAUGGAAUUGGCACAAACUGAUGAAGCACGUGCAACUCUUUCAAAUUACAGAAACUUUGAGUUAAAGUGUCUUAGUGCAAGGGCUGUAAGAAAGUUUGGACUUCCCUAUUUGGACGUGGUGCCAAAAACACUAGAGAAAUUUGUCAGUAUGCAUUAA